AUGUGUGGAAUUCUGGGCUGCAUUCAUCAUCCGGAUGCGCAGGCAUACCGGUCCAAGAUGCUGACCAUGUCGCGGCUGAUCCGACACCGUGGGCCGGAUUGGUCGGGAUGCGUCGUGAUCAACGAAGGCGACGAGCAGAAGCCAGCACGUGGCAGUGUGCUUUGCCACGAGCGUCUGGCGAUCGUCGGCGUCGACUCGGGCUCGCAGCCGCUCGUGAGUGACGACGGCAAGCUGUUCCUCGCUGUCAAUGGCGAAAUCUACAACCACCGCCAGCUGCGCGCGUCGCUCUCGGAAAAGAUCGAGUUCAAGACGGAUAGCGACUGUGAGGUGAUCCUGUACCUGUAUCGGGAGCAUGGCCUCGAUUUCGUGAACAUGCUCGACGGCAUGUUUGCUUUCAUCCUGCUUGACACGCGGGUACAUCCGCACCGCGUGAUUGCGGCGCGCGACCCGAUCGGCAUCACGACCCUGUACUAUGGUCGCACGUUCGAGUACCCAGGCGCCCUGUACUUUACGAGCGAGCUCAAGGCUAUCGCAAAAGAGUGUGAGCGUCUCUACACAUUCCCACCGGGCCACUAUUACGACAGCCAGCGCGAAAAAGGCGACGAACUCGUGCGGUACUUCCAGCCGUCUUGGUUCGGCACGGACGAAACCGAGCCGCCUUCGGCACCCGCUGACCUCGCGCUCAUCCGCACUACCUUGGAGCAAGCUGUUCGCAAGCGCCUGAUGAGUGAGGUGGCGUACGGUGUGCUGCUAAGUGGUGGUCUGGACUCGUCGCUCAUCGCCGCCAUUGCCGCGCGCGAGACGGCCAAGCAAGCCAAGGCACAACAGUCCGCGCUUGACGCAGCGCAUCAUGCGACACGCCCUGCGGAGGCCGAGCCGCAGCACAAGAUGCGAAAAUUGGACGACGACUCGCGCCCGCUCGUGGCAUGGCCGCGCCUGCACUCGUUCUCGAUCGGUCUGCCGGGCUCGCCGGACCUGCUCGCGGCGCGUCAGGCGGCCGAGUUCCUUGGCACAUUCCACCACGAAUACACAUUUACGGUGCAAGAAGGCCUGGAUGCGCUGGCGGAUGUCGUGUACCAUCUGGAGACGUACGAUGUGACCACGGUACGUGCGUCGACGCCCAUGUACUUGCUUUCGCGCAAGAUCAAAGCGACAGGCGUCAAGAUGGUUCUCUCAGGCGAGGGUUCGGACGAGGUGUUUGGUGGCUAUCUGUACUUCCACGCGGCACCAUCGAAGGAGGCGUUCCACCAGGAGUCGGUGAAGCGUGUCAAGAACCUGCACACGGCCGACUGCCUGCGUGCGAACAAGAGCACGAUGGCCUGGGGCCUUGAGGCGCGUGUGCCGUUCCUCGACAAGGCGUUCCUGGACGUGUGCAUGAACCUGGAUCCGGCGCAGAAGCAGUUUUCCAAGGGCAGUCUGCAGCAGCGCGACGCUGAUGGCCGGCCGUACAUGGAAAAGUACAUCUUGCGCAAGGCCUUUGACGUGCACCCCGACGAUAUCGAGGCGGGUCACGCUGUCAAAGACAGUCUGCCGUACUUGCCCGAGAGCAUCCUGUGGCGCCAAAAGGAGCAGUUCAGUGACGGCGUUGGCUACUCGUGGAUCGACGGCAUGAAGGAGCAUGCCGAGCGUGUCGUCAGCGACGACAAGUUUGCCGAGCGCGAGAGUCGCUACCCGGUGGACACGCCCGAUACCAAGGAGGCGUACAUGAUUCGCGAGCUGUUCGAGUCGUCGUUCCCCUCGGACGCGGCCGCUCGGACCGCCGUGCGGUGGGUGCCACGUGGUGAUUGGGGCUGUGCCAGCGAUCCAUCCGGCCGCAGCGUGGCGAUUCACGACGCCGCUUACGACGCCUGA